UUCCAAGUGUCAUGGAAGUUCCCGACAUGGCACAUCAGGCUAGGUGCCUGGCCUUCGAAUGGUCAAUUGUAAUUUAGAGUUUGGUGCGCACGAUACAUUCUUUGUCUCAAACGGGCCUACGCUGGCAUGACCGUGAUUCAUUCAUAAGGCACGCUUCAGACUGCUUUUUGUUGUAUUUGUAUGCAGUACAAACUCUUGCUUCAUUCUGAAAUCGAGUAAUAACAAUCAAUCAUGGCGCGCCACUUUGAACUUUCGCGGAAAACUCGACUUCGCGCUGUCAUCGCCAUCUCCUUUGCAUUCUUUCUGGCUGAAAUCUCUACUGGCUUUUACACAAGGUCUCUAGCAUUGAUAGCCGACGCUUUUCACUAUUUGAAUGACCUCAUUGGGUUUAUUGUGGCGCUUGUAGCUGUGCAGGUCACAGAAAGGAAAGAAUCGCCACAAGAUUUAUCAUUUGGCUGGGCCAGAGCGCAGCUACUCGGUGCUUUCUUUAAUGGUGCUUUCCUCCUCGCACUCGGAUUGAGUAUUUUUGUGCAAUCUAUCGAAAGAUUUAUAUCCAUCGAAAGAGUUGAGCAACCCAAAAUUGUUUUGAUUGUCGGUUGUAUUGGUCUCACUUUGAACAUCAUUAGUGCACUGUUCCUCCAUGAGCACGAUCAUGGCCACGGUCAUAGUCACGGGCAUGGGCACGACCACGACCACGCCCAUGCCGACCAUCCUCGCCACUCCCACUCCAUAGAAGAAGCCGACAUCCAAUCCGAGGGCGGAGAGCUCAAAAGACACUCUUCCGCGGAGGAUCACGCUUCUCACAAUCAUGCGACAAUCGUGCUCAAGCCACAGGGCAUUGAUCUUGGAAUCCUUGGUGUCUUGAUCCAUCUCGUGGGUGACGCGAUAAACAACAUCGGCGUCAUCAUAGCUGCACUCAUUAUCUGGUUGACGAAAUCCGAAGGUCGGUUCUAUGCCGAUCCAGCAGUCAGCACUUGGAUCGCAAUCAUGAUCCUGCUGUCGGCAGUGCCUCUUACAAAACGGAGUGGCCGCCUGUUGCUUCAAUCCGCACCACCAGGAAUCAAGAUCGAUGAUAUCAAACAUGAUCUUGAAUCGCUCCCGGGGGUCAAGGGUGUCCAUGAGCUCCACGUUUGGCAGCUCGACCAGAAGAAGGCCAUCGCAUCCGCACAUGUUGUCGUGGACGAGGAAUCACUCAAGACAUUUAUGCAAAAAGCACAAACCUUCUCAGAAUGUCUUCACGCCUAUGGAAUUCAUUCUGCGACACUGCAGCCUGAGCUUGUGCGAUCUGUCACUGAGACAGGCCCUGCCACUGCCCCAGGGGGUUUGGAGCACGGCGAACGCGUAGUCGGAAAAUGCGCUUUGACAUGCGGUACUCUGUGUGAACCGCUCACAUGUUGCAGUUAGAGACGGAAGCAAGAACUGGUGCAUAGUCGAGAAAGAUGUAAUGCACUCUACAUAGUUUGAAUUGUUGGUGGCGAAAAAGAAGUAUGAUGAAUUGCAU